AUGCACAUUGUGGAAUAUAUAUUUUCCCCGUAUAAACUUUUCAUUCUUAUAAUAAGUAUUCGUUCUAGGUGUUUAAGCCUUGGAGAAGAUCUUCUCGACCUCAGCAACGGACUCUGCCAAGACCUUUUCUUGGAACUUAGGGUUACCAAUCUCCUUGUUGACCUUGUCCAAAACAGACUUGAUCAAUUGCUCCUGCUCCAAUUGUCUUUGUUGUUGCUCAAAUCUAACCCACGAGUCCAAAGUAGCCUUGGCCUCGUGAGCAACAGCAAGCUUUUGCUUCAACUCGAAAGCCUCGGCUUCCAACUUAGCGGUUUCUCUAGAAACUUCAAACAAUUGCUUGGUGGUGGCAACAACAUCCUUCAAUUGAGAAACAGACUCAAUUCUGUUCUUGACAGCAGAAACGUGCUUGCUUCUAGAGCCGUUCAAGAGGUCGUUCACCUUCUUGAUCUCGCCAUCAGCCCACUCAGUGUACAAUGGAGCAAUGAACUUGGCGCACAAAGCAGUGAAAGCGGCAAAUGUACAGACCAAGAUGGUUUCGUCAUGGAUGACAAGCAACUCGUUAGAAAUACCGUAAACGGCAGCAGCGGCAGAUGUAGCCAAGAUGCUGGUCUUAGAAAUGAGACUGUUACCUGGCAAGGCAUUGAUGAUAGAGUUAGCCUUUUCCUUUGGCUCAACUGGGGUGGACAAGAAACGAACACCAAUUCUGAAUAG